GCCAUGGAGAGUGCCUGGUGUAAACCCAAUCAUCACAGGACGUGUACGCCAUGAAUUGACGUGUCUGCUUUCGGUUGCACAUCUGCAUUUCGACGCUGUGGAAAACUCGUCGAUUGAAUGAUGGCUGCAAUCUCGGCUUGCUCGCAGCCCAGAGCAACAACGUCAUUGCUGCGAAGAACCACAAAGUCGUUGGACUACCCGCGAGUAUCGCAACGCUCUUGGCUCAGGACGUUUCAUAAGAGUUCUCGACUUCGCAUCCAAGAGAAGCAAGCUUCAACGUCAUCAUGGCCUGCUUCUGAACUUCACCAAGAACCCCUUCACGAAGAACUCUCACACUUCGAUCGUGCCGUUGCCGAGGACAAAGCCAGACAAAUUCGGACCCCAUGGAUGCGCGAAGGCUCCGACAAGCCGCCAGUUGCUCGUCAGCGGAGUGCAGGGGCGAUGACGAAGGGAAAACUUUUGACCACACCGUCUCGCAUGCUGAAGCUCAUCUUACCUUUGACGACGCGGGACACAAACACGGAUCGCAAAGAUGUUGAGCCAUUAGCGUUGCUUGUGCAUCCUCAGCAACCAUUAUCAUAUCUGGAGCGACUUGUGCAAUCGGAAUUGCCGAUGAUAAAAGAUGAAAAUGGCAAGGAGAAAAUACCUUCAGUGCACUUCCGAGCAGAAGAUUCAAUGCAAGAAAACGAGAAAGGUCACAAAGGUCGAAAUGGGGACGAAGACGAAGUGAAAGAUGAAGCCGAUCUCGAUGAGCAUGCAGACGAAGUUGAAAUAGAUGGGAAGAAAAUCAGGACGGGAAAACUUAACGGAGCAAAGAACGAAACCGUAAGCGCAACUGAGCUUCGAGGUGGGCCGGGCGAGGGGGGAGUCGAGUCUUACAGCGGACUUGGCCAUGAAGCAAAGCCUUCAAAGGAGCCGGAGGCGCGAAGAUUUGUGCGUUGGUCCAAGUCGACUGAGAUCGGAGACUUCAUACGCGAUGCGGCACGAGGGAAGGAAUUUGCAAUCGAGAUUGAGGGCGCGCCGAACGAAAUUCGCGUGGGAGUUCCGAGCUUCGCGGAUCGCACGUAUUACCUGCGGCUUCGCUUGCGCAAGAAGGCCAGUGAAAUCGCUAAGAUGGCGGAGCUGAAGAGAGAAUGCGAUGAGAUCGCGCACAGAGCGGCAAAGAGAGUGGCCAUGGCCGGUGGGCUUGGACUGGUCGCCUGGUGGGGGGUAGUAUACGAGCUGACUUUUCGAACCGAGCUCGGCUGGGACGUAAUGGAGCCUGUCACGUACCUCGUUGGACUCUCGACUCUCAUCGGAGGUUACGGCUGGUUUCUCAUUCAUAACCGCCAGGUCUCGUACCGUUCCGCCAUGAACUUCACUAUUUCUCGUCGGCAGUCGCAGCUGUACGAGAAAAAGGGUUUCGAUCUCAGGAAGUGGGAAGAUCUGAUAGAAGAAGGCAACAUGCUGCGGAGGGAGAUAAAAGCAGUGGCUCAGGAAUACGAUGUUGACUGGGACGAGAAGGAAGACGAAAAGAGUGAGCGGGUCAUGCAGGCUUUGAAAGAAGAGAGAAGAAAAAAGUCUGCCAAGAAGAAGGAGAAAGAGCAAGAUGAUGGUGAUGGAGACAAUGACGAAUAGACUUACAUGGCAAUUCUUUUUGCUUAGACUCCAUCUUAGCGCGGCGUUGGAGCAUACGCUAAAGGCUGCGUUAUGGUAUACACAGACUUGAUCACGUCUCCGACGACUAUUCUGCACCUCCAAGUUCAAUUGUGAACCAUUGCAACAUGUAUAAUUAAAGAUAUGAGAUGACAAUAAGGAGAAGGAAAGCAGGGUCAGUGGGCUAGAGAAGACUCGAUUUCAAGAUCAACUGCCUUGUUCUG